AUGUACCUUUUCCCGCAGAGCGGCGAUAAUGUCAACCAACCUAAUGUCACGCUCCGUUGGAACCCCAAAUGCUUCAGUGAUAAAACGCUAAACCUGUACCUCUAUGCUCCGGACCAGCCACAAGCCGUCCUCCCUAUACAUGGGUGGCUUGGAAUUUCCUCUUCUGAAGGGGCCGCAAAUGUUAACCUGAACCCCCAAUGGUGGAAUAAAACGGCUAAUGCCAAAAUGAAUCUGCAAUUUGUCCCUUCGGGCUCGCAGCCCUGGGAAACUAAAUACCCCGUUAGCCGCAGCUGGACUGCCUCUGUUCCAGAACAGGCGCCGAAUGGGUUCGGCUCCGUGGGCUCGUCACAGUACAUUACGAAUUUUGGCCAUACCUCAGGGAACCUUGGCUCCGGCGAACUCGCUGCUGCAAUUGUUGUACCUGUUGUUGUUGUCCUUGCUUUAGUGGCUGCCGCAUUUGUGUGGCACAAGCAGCGUGCCGAUAAGCGCGCCGUUGCACACGCGGAAAGUGUCCGCAAAUCGCUGUAUGCUGGAGCCUCUACGCCAUCCAUGCAGCAGUCAAUGACGCAGCCCGCAAGCGUGAUUGAUACCGCCAAUUCGUACUAUGCGAACCCAUAUGCGUACUCUACAAAUGCCCCGAUAUAUGCGUCUCCUGUUAACGAUAUUAAGGAAUCCUCCGACUCUUUGCCCUCUUCCCAAUCUAUCCAGGUCUCGCAGGAUGUUUCCCCAGACGUUUCACUGGAGCAGAGCAUCUUGCCGCGAGCAGCGCCUGUGCUGCAGGAAGACACGAGGCGCAAGCGCAAGAGCCACAGGCAUUCUCGCGAGCCUCGUCAGUACUACAGCAACUCGGAUCUGUACGACAAAACGGGCGGACGGCGCAGGUCGCGCUCUCGUCGGAGCAUCGUAGAUGCAAAUUAUGCGCGCUCGAUGUCGCCUGACAAUUUCCGCGAGCUUCCGCGCACGACUUGGCCGGAAGACGCGCCGGACCCUCCCGAGCCCGUGCCCAAAGAUUACCACCGCAUUGAGUUACUCGAUGCGCCCAUGCCGCCGGUAAAAGACGUUACUGCGAUUGAUAUGAGCGCUAUCCCGCCGUCGAUGCAGCGAUACGUGAAAGCCGACGGCCGCGAGCCAUACACGUUUAUGGACGGACAAAAUACGCGUGUGAGUUCAGAUGCAGUCGGCAACUGGUCACGGCACGAAAAAGUAUCCGCCUACCUUGCGCAACUUCCCACCUUUGAAAGUGCCCCAGAAGGAUCACAUUUUACCAGUCUCUCGGAGCUAGCACCGCAGGAUGAGGUCGCCUCUCGCCGAUUUUCCGACGCGUCUGCCCGCACGGCCAGGAGUCGUGCUCACUCGGUGGGCAGCGCGACGAAUGCAUUUCACGAUGCGAGCGAAGAUGUCGAUUUUCACUACCACUAG